CGUUUCCAUCUCGGAUUGAGCCGAGACUUGUGGAUCCUGUCUUGAGCUAGCAGUUGCUCUGUUCCUGGGUAAAAUCAAGAGCGAAAAUCCGGACGCUGAGCGAGAGAUACGUGGCGUUGAUCCGAGCGGUCUGGAGCACCACCACCACCCCGUUUCGGUGAUCGGUACAGAGGUACAUUUUUUUUUUGUUACCUGGCUUUCCUUUCCCAGUCGAGCAACAGCCGGCCUCGAUGUUUAACCCCACACCCCGCCCUCGCCCUGCCAGGCCAGGCCAUGCAGGGCUCCCGAGGGGCGACCUACCCGGUCUCGGCACGCGCCAGGUCCGUCAUGCGCAAAACACAGCUCUGCGCUCGCUGCUCCAAGCCAGGCACAAUUCAGCGGCCUUGUCCGCCACGCUGGGCCGUGUGGCCUGCCAAGACGGCGGUUUGGGUGGCGUUGGGAUUCCUGCGAUCUCGCUACGUCGCGGCCGCACGAGGCUAUCAGGGCGCAUGUUCACUGCUGGUUGUGAAAGCUCCCGCCAGGAGGCACCGCCGGCAAGGCGAGGUCAACCAUGGAAACAACAAAGGAAAGGCCCAUGAAACCCUCCCGCCCUGCAGCACCUCAACCCGACAGUUCGCUCGGCUCCCUACCGCCGCCAACCGGGAGCGACGCCCCCAGCGCGCCGCGCGACUCGAGCACGCAGCGGCCGCCAUCGUAUGGGAACAAGGGCAAAGGCGGCGGCGCCGUCCCGUUGACCAUGGACCCCAGCUCCUCCGUCGCCUUGCUCGCCGCCACGACGCCGCCGCCGCCGACCUCGCCACCACCACCGCCGCCCCCAGCAGCCCCGCCGCCCGCCCGGCCGUUGAGCGCCUGCCCACCAUCUGCCGUCGUCGUCGUCGUCGUCGUCGCAGGGGGGAAUAG